AUGUAUGCGGGAGUCACGGCACUAUUGAGGGCGCGAGCCAUCCGGCUCGGUGCACCUCGGUUUAGUGCAGCCGCAUUGAGCCCGAACAGCAGAAGACAGCAAAACGUUCAACGCUCUCUACACCUGAGCUCCUCGACAGCGCACAGCACAGCAGCCUCUGCCGACCGGAAAGACACGGAAGCGAGCAACAUUGUCACGGCCGAAGUAGCGCACUCGAAUUUGGCCCGAAACAACGAAAUCCGCUAUGCGUAUCGAGACAGAAGCCCCGAGAUCGAGGAGGCCAUCAAUGAAAUGCUUGGCACAGCCUACAUCCCGCCCUCUCGACGGUAUCCCACGGCCGAGGCCACAAAUUUGAGUCUGAGACGAGCCCGACGCAUCGCACGCAUUCGAGUUGGCGAAGAGAUCCUCGCGCGCAAGGGAGGCAAGGCCCGCCGCCGCGACGCGGCCGAUACCUUUGGCCUCCUGAAGCACAUGACGCAGCCGCGAGGCAACAAGCCCGCCAUGCACGCCAUGCGCAUUGUGCUUCCAAAGGCAUGGGACUUUGAUGUGUCAAGCAGCAAGAGCGUCGAUUACGUAGAGGCGCGUACCGGACUGGCAGCCCGGCUGCGCAUGACGGGCGACAGGGAAAAUUCGACGGCCAUUGUGCUACGAGGGCAGGGCCCGGUGCUCGCCAAGGCGGCAGACGAACUCAUCGCCGUGUGCAAGGACGUGGAGAUUUUCAAGCUGGGCGAGGUGACCAGCUUUGACUAUGCGGCCCAGCGCCUCUGGCCUGUCAUCGAGAACGCCCAAGACGGAGGCUCUUUUGUACCUCCUGACCAGCUGGACAAUAUCUGGGUCCACAAAGAGCAGCAUUACUGGAUUGAUUCUGCGUAUGAAAAGACGCCGCGGCCGGAGCACUGGACGCAGGAAGCAUUUGAUGUAUUCAUCAAAUCGUUGGUCUAUGGACGCCUGAAGCCUGGGUCGACGCUACCCAUUUACCACUACGGAAUUCACACAGACGGGAUCCGUGUACGGAUGAUCAUGGAUGCAUUUGAAGAUCCGUCGGCACGCAGCUACAUCACAACACCGGUUCUCAAAAUGGCCCUGCAAUUCAUGUCUACGCAUGGCGGCCACCGGGCCAGUGCCGAGCGUCUCUUGUCACAAGCAGAGAAAUGGGGUGUGCCGCUGGACACGGACGCCUUCAACAUCCUUUUUGACUGCUACGUCUAUAAGCAUGACGUGCGCUUCUUCCACAGAGUGCUCAUCAAAAUGAGAGAACGCUGCUUCUACCCCAACACGCGUACAUGGCUCCAUUUCCUACAGCUCGUGCAGCGCGACGACACGCGGCUGCAGGUUGAAGCCGCCAUGUUCGACCUGGGCUUUUUCGAGGACCCGGGCACGCGACGCGGCGUCAGCGUCAUCACCGCCGGCACCCUCGCCUAUCAGGCCUUCCGCGCCGGCGAGACGCUGCCAGUCUUUCUCAACAAGCAACUCGUGCGCUUCGGCCCGACAUGGCUGACUGACGCCUCCACAGACGCUGUACUGCGCGAGUUCUUCUCAUUCCACCAAACGCCCGCCGCCAGCAAACGCUACCACGACUACCGAAUAUUGAUCGACCGCUUGGCAGAGCACGGGAAGACUAUGAGCAGCGGCACGCUCAGCCUCAUCUUGGAGCACUGCGCGCAGCCACACGUCCGCGAUUGGGACACGGUGUUGUGGGCGUUGGACCGCAUGCCUGUCGCGCCACACGAUGCCUUUGGCGAACGUGCCAUAUCUGGGGCCAUCUACCACAACCUCGUCAACCUCUGCCUCGGCACGCGCAGCGCCGCCGCGCUUGGCGCCGUCGUCUUCUACGCUGUCAAAGAGCGGGCGCUUCUUGUCCGCGCUGCCCGUACAUCCGUCUCCAAAGCUAUGCUCGGCAAAGUCGACGACGACGCCUUUUGGCGGACGCGCGGCCCGCGGCUACUGUCGCGUAGCAUGGCGAGCGCUCUUAAAAAGACUCCCGUCGAGGCCAAGGCCCAUGCCGUCCGGGCCGUCGAGGCGGCGAUGCGCGAUGCCACGGAGGGCUACAUGCCGGCGGACAAGCUUGUCGACGUGCUCCGUGCCGCGCUCGCACUGGACCGCCAGCACGAGGCGGCUACCUCUGCUGCAGUUGCGGCAGAAAAGGGGGAUGCGCAGGAAACCGGCAUCGAUGAGCCGGCGGUGACGAUUUCGCUCGCGGACGUCACGGGGGAUGGCCCAGAAGGGCGGAUAGAAGUGCGCCUAGACUGCGCCUUUGAUACGCGCCGCAUGGUGGUUUACAACCAGCAUGUAAAGCCACCCUGGCUCAAGAAAAACGGCACUCCAAAGAGCGAAUCAGUGACUACACCAGCCAGCCACACUGAAGAAUCGACAUCAUCAUCACCACCACCACCUUCAUCUUCCACUCAGACAGCAUCCAAGAACGAGGCUGCCAAAGAGCCACCCGCCGGGCAAGAAGCCGGCGAGAAGCGUAGCGGAAAUCAUCCGCUUGUACAAUAUCUUAACUCAUUGCAUUGA